CAUCACAAUACAAGAGCAUACCAUUGUGUUUUUGGUCUUGUUUUGUUGCACAACCAUGACCGAAUGCACUACUUCGCAGCAACAGGCAUGGUUCCUGUAUGCAAAGUAUCCUUUGUUUUCGCAGUGGGAGUUUGCGUUGAAAGGCGGCAAAUCUGUUGAGGGCGAAAUCUACUGCAUUGAUCCGGAGGCAGACCUGAUUGUAGUCCAGGAUGUGGAGAAUGGCAUCACCAUGAUCUCUCUGGAAAGCAUCGAGGCCGAGUCGCCGUCGUCAAGCUGCGCCGGCAAAAACGAGGAAAAUACCAACGCUAGCUGCGGCACGACGAUUGUGGACGAACCAUCCAUCGACGUCGUCCACGCGAAAAAGACACUGGAAGAUCGAGAGAAACGGGCGAUUCGCCUGGCCCAGGAGAGCCUCAAACAUCUUAAUCCUAAGGUGCGUAUGUCACGACGCGACACAUUUGCGACGGAAUAUCCACAACCAUCAAUUGCAUUAUUGUAUUUUUUAUUAAAAUCGCUUGUUUCAUUGACCAGGCAGAAACCUAUCUAUACCACCACCCCCACGGCAGCUAUAGUAUGUCGUAUUUCAUUGCAGGCAUCUCUCACCCAUUGCCGUUCCUCUUCUUUUAUGGUCCGUUAUGGGAUGCGAUGCAUUGUAAUGCGAUUCAAUUCAAUUGGCAUAGGCCCUGCCCAAGGGACAGCUGGUCUUUGAUCGGUUGCUGAAAGCGUGCAACGAGGUCGUUUGGAAGAGUAACUCAAUUGUGGUCUUGGACUCGAUUGUCGUUGAUCCCCCCUAUACACAGGGGGAUUGCAAAAUACUCGCUAAGGCGCCUGGCAAACAGGGUAGCCUCGAUCGGGUGCAAAAGAUUGUUUCCAGCAUUUCCAGGACUUAAUUACUGUGGAACGUAGCAUUGUUCUGUAUUGUGCGAUGUGAUACUAAGCUGCCCGCAGUGGCUCCCGCAUCGCGAGGGUUCGAUCAGAGAACCAGAGUCCCGGUCGUGUGUUUUGUGGAACCGAGCGAUGCUCGAUUAUUAUUACUACUAGUAUUAUGGUUAAACCAGAGAGAUCUCAUUCGCCGUGAGGUGGAAGUCCGAGAGCAAUAAACAAAUAUCGUCCGC